CCACACCUUCUUCCCCGCCCAGCAUCAGCCCAUGGCCGCUUCGCUUGCACCCCUACGGGGCGUAGCCUCACGAGCGUUGCAUGCACAUGUGCGCCGAGCCUGUGCACAGCCUGAGUGGCGCUCAAGCUGGCGCUCGGAGCUCUCGGCGCCCGGCGCCGCGCCUACCGGUGCGCGUGGCCGAGCGCUGGGUGCGGCCCGUGCCAGCUCCAGCAGCGCCGUCGCCGUUCCGACUGCCGGUGGCACCGCCACACCCGCCACUGCUGUCGAUGCGACACAUCCGCUAGCACGGCUCGAGGCGCGCAACCUGCUCAAGGCCGUCACCUCGCGCGCCGUCUGGGCGCAUCUCGACUCCUCCUCUUCGCGACGCACCAUCUACUCCGGCGUGGACCCAAGCGCUUCCAGCUUGCACCUCGGCAAUUUGCUGCCGCUGCUGGCGCUGUAUCAUCUUCGGGAAGCCGGGCUGAACGUCAUCGUGCUGGUCGGCGGUGCCACGGGCUCAAUAGGCGAUCCGUCAGGACGUUCGACGGAGCGCAAUGCAUUGGAGCCGCAUGAGCUGCAGCACAACGUUGAGCGCAUCACGGCGCAGAUUCAUGCCUUCUACGCUCGGCUAGACGAGUGGAGUGCUGCUGCAAAGAGCGAGCGGUCUGCCGCAGAUGGUGGAGCGGCAAGGCGAGGAGAGCUGCAUGUGUGCAACAAUCAGGAGUGGUACGCCGGAGUGGGCGUGCUUGACUUCUUGCGCGACACGGGAAAGUACAUGCGGCUGGGCAACAUGCUGGCCAAGGAGAGCGUCAGGUCUCGCAUGCAGCCGACAGCCGAAGGCGGCGAAGCGGCAGGGCUCUCCUUCACCGAGUUCAGCUACCAGCUGUUGCAAGCCUACGACUUUCUAGUCCUGCAUCGCGACCGUCAUUGCACGCUCCAGCUCGGCGGCUCCGACCAGCUCGGCAACAUCGUCGCCGGCAUCGAGCUGAUCCUGCGCCUGCGAAGCACCAGCUCCUCAAAUGGCGAGAGCGGCACAAGGGAGACGGAGCAGCAGCAGCCAGCGUAUGGUCUCACGCUGCCGCUCCUCACGACCGCCUCGGGGCAGAAGUUCGGCAAGAGUGCCGGCAAUGCCGUCUGGCUCGAUGCCGACAUGACGUCCGACUUUGAUCUCUAUCAGCAUCUCCUGCGUUCUGCAGAUGCAGACGUCGCGACGUAUCUCCGCUCCUUGACGCUCCUGCCGCUCGAGAAGGUCGAGGAGGUGCUGCAGCGCCAUGCCGCCGAGCCGGGCAAGAGGACGGCGCAAAAGACACUUGCGGAUGAAAUGGUGGGCAUGCUUCGAGGUGCGCCGGCUCUGCGGCGGGCACAGACCAUGUCUGCGCUACUCUUUGAGCGGCAUGAAGCGCCGCUGCCUGCAAGUGAUGUCUUCGAGGCGUUUCAUUACGACGCAAGACUCGUCCGCCUUGAUGCAGAGGCACUCGGCGCGCCAUUGGCGAGACUGGCGGCUGAUAUUGGAGCGGCAGCUUCUCGCGGCGAGGCAAGGCGACUGCAAAAGAGCGGAGGACUCUACCUCAAUGGCGUGGCGAUGACAGACGCGAGCCGCGUACUGGAGUCCAGCGACUUCAGCGGCGAAGCUGAUGGUCACGGAGCAUACGCACUGCUGCGCGUCGGCAAGACAGAACAUCGUGUGCUCUGGCUCGCUUCGUCGUCUUCAUCGUCGUCUCCCUAGCUCCGGACUGCUCGUUACAGCCCGCCAAUACCAUAUCUCUACUCCUCGUUAUAUCGUCGCAUGAGAACAGCCUCGGCGUCAGCCUCGGCCGACGGAUCGAUCUUGGUGUCGGCGUCCUUCCAUCGAGACGAGGGCAUCCCGCCGGAAGAGGCGCCUAGCGUCGUCGCGCCGCCUCGUUCCUGGGGUAUACCUGCCCGAAUCGGGUGCCUUUCUGAUGCACCGGCAUCAUCAUCAUCUACUCUCUCCCACGCUGCUGCGAGCACGGCGACGAUGAGGCGCACCCGAUGGUGGUGCUGAUGAGGUACGC